AUGAAUCCAGAGAAUAGAGAUCAUUAUGGAUUUCCUAAGUAAAAUACACAAACACCAAGUAAAGAAGAAAUGCUGAAGAUUAAUGCAAGGAUUGAAAAAUGGAGAAAAAUGAUCCCUAAGAUUCCUCAAUUAAUGACCAAUAAUGAUUCAAAACUUAAAUCUCGGUUAAGAAAAGGUAUACCUGAAGGUAUUAGAAUAUUGAUUUGGCCUUGUUUAGCUGAAAUUGAUUAAAUGAAGAUAUAAGCAAAAGUAAAUAUUGAAUUUUACAUUUAAAAGAGAACUUAUAAAGAACUGAUAGAAUCUUAAGAGAUAUCACCUCAUGAUAGUCAAAUUACAUUAGAUGUUAUGCGUACAUUUUAAAGUAAUGAUCUUAUCAAGAUGGAUACUAUUACAAGUUAAUCUCUCUUUACAGUACUAAGAGCAAUAAGUCUUACUUUUUAAGAUAUGGGAUAUUGUUAAGGAUUAAAUUAUUUGGCUGCUUCAUUUUUAUUAUUGAUGAAUGAUGAAUUGGUCUAUUGGCAUUUAUAUAGUUUACUUACUAAAUAUGGUUGCAUUGAUACAUAUAUUAAUCCUACAAAUACAUUAAAAUAUUUUUAUGCAUUAGACAUAUUAGUCAAGCAAUUCUUACCUGAUUUACAUGCAAAAUUUACUAAAUUUAAUAUUGUACCAUUUUAUUAUGCUGCAGAAUGGUAAUUAUUUUUUAUUAACAUAUAUAGGUUUAUUACUCUAUUUAGUUCAAUUCUUCCAAUGUAAAUCUUUCUUAGAGUAACUGAUAUAUUUUGGUAUGAACAUCACAAAACAACUUUUAGAGCAUCUUUAGCCAUACUUAAAAUAAGGAAAGAAGAGAUUUUGACUGUAAAAUAUAUAUAUAUAUAAUAUUUUAGGCAAAAACAAUGGAACAAGUAAUUACAAUUCUCAAAGAUUAAAAAUUCUUUAAUAAUUUUGAUCCAGAUAAGUUUAUUAAAAUUGCAAUGAAGGAUUUCAUCUUUUCAAAAAAAGAUCUUCGUAAAUAUUAUGAUCAAUUUGCUGCUACCCAAAAGAAAUGA